AUGCGUCUUCGUCGGUUCGUCCCUGAGCUUUUGCUCCUGGGCUCAACUACCCAAGCUCGACCUACGGACGAGUGCCCUGAUGGGGUUUCUAUCGUCAAGGUCCAGCCUGAGGUUAUCGUUGGGCUUCAGCCUGUCAGUAUUAGUGCUGUGUUUCCUAGUAACACGGUGCUUACUAUUGAUGGGACUACGAUUCCUAUCACUGGUGCUCCUACUACCUUGGUCACUGCAUUUACAAUCACGAAGACUUCGACUAGGUACAUCACUGGGAACCCGGAACCGUACUUUACUGGUCCCUAUACAACCAUCACUAGUAACGACCCCGGAUCGAACCCCACUACGAUCACCCGAGCCCCCUCUGGCAAUGACCACACCGGAACCGUUAUCAUAGUCAACCCAUCGGGUGGCUCUGGUGGCUCUGGUGGCACACGUCCUGCCUUCACUGGCCCGUAUACGACUAUUACAAACAACGGACCUCCUGGAAGUCACCCAACCACUCUGACUCUUCCCCCUGGUGGCAAUGACCCCAGCGGAACGGUCAUCGUGGUUGUCCCCUCUGGUAGUCAAAGCAAGACUUUCACAGGUCCAUACACGACUAUCACGGCUGAUGGACCGGGGUCUCAGGGUACCACUGUGACACUCCCUCCUUCUGGUACUGGUGGCGUUGGAACUGUCAUCGUGAUUGAUCCAACAUCUCGUGGUUCCAAGCCUUCGUCUACCAACUCAGGUAAGUCUCCGGAAACGUCUCUCACUAUCCUACCAUCUGGCACGGAUGGUACUGGUACUGUUAUCGUUAUUGGCCCUACGAACACAUCACCUGGAUCUGGACAUGCUUCCUCUGGUGCCCCCAACCCCAACUCUGCCACUUCGAAGGGUACCUUCACUGGUCCGUUCACCACCAUUACUGGUAUCAACACUGGUUCGUCUGGUACGACCGUGACACUCCCUCCCUCUGGUACUGGCUCUGUCGGCACUGUCAUUGUCCUCGAGCCUAGCACCAGUGCUCAGAAGACCACAUUCACAGGCCCCUUCACUACUAUCACUGGAGUCAACACUGGUUCUUCUGGAACUACAGUCACACUUCCUCCCUCAGGCACUGGCAGUAUCGGUACGGUUAUUGUCCUUGAGCCAAGCACAACUGCGCAGAGGACGACCUUUACAGGUCCCUUCACCACGAUCACCGGCGUCAAUUCUGGCACCGCCGCUUCAACUGUUACCCUUCCCCCCUCAGGCUCGGAUCCCACCGGUACUGUCAUCGUCCUCGAACCCAGUGGGACGUCGAAGCCAACUACCUUCACUGGUCCCUUCACAACCAUCACUGGAGUGAACACCGGCACAUCGGGCACGACUGUCACUCUUCCUCCUUCUGGUACUGGCUCAGUAGGCACUGUCAUCGUCCUUGAGCCUAGCACAACUGGACCGCGAAGCACCUUCACUGGUCCCUUCACUACGAUCACCGGCGUCAACUCAGGAAGUCUGACUGCAACACUUACACUGGCCCCAUCUGGCUCUGAUCCCACCGGCACGGUUGUCAUCCUCGAGCCUUCAGUUACUGCUCCUGCCUCUAGCUUCACAGGCCCUUUCACCACCAUCACUGGUAUCAACACCGGCACUGGUGUUGCAACUCUCACUCUGGCUCCCUCGGAAACUGACUCAACUGGAACUGUUGUCAUUCUCGAGCCUUCCUCCACUGCGCCUUCAAGCACUUUCACUGGUCCCUUUACCACCAUCACAGGAUCUGGUCCCGUCCCAACCACCGUCACCCUUCCUCCCUCUGGUGGUGACCCAAGCGGUACUGUUAUCGUGAUUGGUCCUCCUGCAAGCACAACCUUUACUGGUCCUUUCACUACCAUCACUGGUGUCAACACUGGUACUGGCGCCUCUACUGUGACCCUUCCGCCUUCAGGCACCGACACUGUUGGUACUGUCAUUGUGCUGGAACCAUCCACAACAAAGACCUUUACUGGACCUUUCACUACGAUCACUGGUGUGAAUACUGGCACUGGUUCUUCUACAGUUACCCUCCCUCCUUCUGGUACUGAUACUAUCGGUACGGUGAUCGUCUUAGAGCCCUCGACAACCAAGACUUUCACAGGACCUUUCACUACUAUCACCGGCGUGAACACUGGGACUGCAACUGGCGCCUCUACUGUGACCCUUCCGCCUUCAGGCACUGACACUGUUGGUACUGUGAUUGUUCUCGAGCCCUCAACCCGCACAACCUUCACUGGCCCUUUCACGACCAUUACUGGCGUCAACACUGGCACUGGAUCUUCUACAGUUACCCUACCUCCUUCUGGCACCGACACCAUUGGUACUGUGAUCGUACUUGAGCCUUCUACCAGCGCCAGUGCUACUGGGCCUUUCACCGGACCGUUUACCACUAUCACGGGUGUCAACACUGGAACUGCAACUGGUGCUUCCACCAUCACUCUGCCUCCCUCAGGUACCGACACUAUUGGCACGGUCAUCGUUUUGGAGCCUUCCACUCGUACAACCUUUACUGGUCCCUUCACAACGAUAACCGGCGUCAAUACUGGCACAGCAACUGGCGCUUCCACGUUGACCCUGCCUCCUAGUGGUACAGAUACAGUAGGCACUGUCAUCAUCCUAGAGCCUUCCACUUCUGCAGUCCCAACUACAUUUACAGGCCCAUUCACUACCAUUACAGGCGUCAACACUGGCACAGCUACUGGCGCUUCCACGUUGACCCUCCCUCCCAGUGGUACAGAUACAGUCGGUACUGUUAUCAUCCUAGAGCCUUCUACUUCUGCAGUCCCAACUACCUUUACUGGUCCCUUCACAACGAUAACCGGCGUCAACACUGGAACUGCAACUGCCCCUUCGACUCUGACUCUCCCGCCCUCUGGUACAGAUACUAUCGGUACCGUCAUUGUCUUGGAACCCUCGACUUCGGCUUCAGCGUUCACUGGACCCUACACCACCAUCACAGGCGUGAACACUGGUACAGCGACUGGAGCUCAGACCGUCACUCUGCCACCUUCUGGUACUGAUACAAUCGGCACUGUGAUUGUUCUGGAACCAUCUACAGCUGCUACCCCAACCACGUUCACAGGCCCAUUCACCACUAUCACUGGUGUGAAUACAGGCACAGCUACGGGAGCCCAGACCGUCACCUUGCCGCCCUCUGGAACUGACACUAUCGGCACCGUUAUUGUGUUGGAGCCCUCAACUUCAGCUCCUGCUUUCACCGGGCCCUUCACUACCAUCACUGGUGUCAACACGGGUACUGCGACUGGAGCCUCGACCAUCACACUCCCUCCAUCUGGAACAGAUACCAUCGGCACAGUCAUUGUGUUGGAACCUUCAACAUCGGCACCUGCGUCAACCUUUACUGGUCCAUUCACCACUAUAACUGGGGUCAGCCCGGGCACCGCCACAGGAGCCUCAACAGUCACUCUCCCACCGUCAGGAACCGAUACCAUUGGAACCGUCAUCGUGCUCGAGCCAUCAACAUCAGUCCCUGCUUCGUCGUUCACGGGUCCCUAUACCACCAUAACAGGUAUCAACACAGGUACAGGCACAGGGGUAUCUACCAUCACUCUGCCUCCAACAGGAACUGACACCAUUGGAACUGUCAUUGUUCUUGAACCCUCAACUUCAGCUCCUGCCUCGACAUUUACUGGGCCUUUCACUACUAUCACUGGCGUCAACACAGGUACCGCCACUGGUGCAUCUACCUUGACACUCCCCCCGUCAGGCACAGAUACUAUCGGCACUGUCAUCAUCCUCGAGCCCUCAACCUCAGCACCUGGUUCUACCUUCACUGGUCCCUACACCACCAUCACAGGUAGCGGGCCCAUUGAAACGAGUAUAACUCUGGCGCCAUCUGGAACGGAUCCUAGCGGUACCGUGAUCGUGAUUGAGCCCACGCCUGUUUCGACUGUAUCCCCUGGAGCCACCGGAACUAGCGAUGGCUCAGGUGUUUCAUCAACCUCUGAUGGUUCUCAAGGUCAGUCAACGUCUUCCCCUGGAAGCUCCGACUCUGGCGCUUCAAGCACUUCCGAUUCCCCCUCCCAGCAAAGUUCAGAUGUUUCUUCUUCCCCAUCCUCUACCUCUGAUUCCUUGACCGAUGGCAACUCUGGUUCUGCGAGCGAGGCUUCCAGUGGCUCUACAGUAUCUCCAUCUGGAGACUCAUCGGUUGAUUUUUCAGCUUCUGUUACUGGUAGCUCUGAGUCUGCCUUCAGUAGCUCGGGUCCCGUAUCCCAGGAGAGUUCAGCUGCUUCUGCGUCCUCAGCUUCGGAAACCUUGACCAACGGUGGCACCGUUGGUACUGAGUCUCUAAGCACUCCUUUUACUGGCAACGAUGGAUCUUUGACUACUACUGCUGCUUCAGGAUCACUGUCAACCUCUGGCUCGCAGAGUCAAGAGACGUCUGGCGCUGGAGGCCCGGGCACUUCUGGUACGGUAUCCCAACAGAGCUCAGAAGCUCCCGGCUCCGUUACCAACGGCAACACUGGUAGCUCUGGUAGCAUCGAAACUGGCCUAGCAAGUAGCACUGGCCUUGGCGAGUCUACUGGUUCUCCAUCGGAUACAGAGUCAACCUCUGGUGCUGUUAGUCAGUCAUCCUCUGGUGCUGGUAGCGAGUCGACCUCUGCUACGGGAAGCUCUGAUGGAGCUUCAAGCACCUCCGGCGCCGCGUCACAACAGGGUUCUGAUACCUCAUCGGUCCCAUCGACAGAGACUGGUGAUAACACUGUUGCCACCGGCUCCACGAGCACCACUUCUGGCGGUCCUGAAGUAUCAUCAGCUGAGAUUUCUUCUGGAGCUGUAUCCUCUGAGCCAGGUUCAGAGACGUCUUCGUUUGGAUCAGGUACUGCAUCUGAGACCAAUGGCAACACUGGCAGCCCUGGUUCUGGAAGUACCAGUUCUGCUGGCUUUGAAGAAUCCUCCACUGAAGUUCCCUCAGCUUCAAUUUCAGGUGACUCUGAAAUAACUUCCACUGAGGUCCUUUCAGGAGCUUCAUCCUCUGGAACUGGCCCGGAGACCACUUCAGCCCUAUCAAGUGCAUCUUCAGAUGCUUUGACCAACGGCAAUACUGGCAGCUUCGAGACUACUGGCACAUCUGAUAGCUCCGGUGGAUCUUCAAUACUUCCCACUGUUGCCACAUCUGGCACUGGCGCAGAGACAUCUUCAAACGGAUCGGGUGCUUCUUCAACUCUAGGGUCGGAGACCACUGGUAACACUGGUGGCUCUGAAUCCGGAAGCACUACAUCUGGUGGUUCUGAAGGGCCAUCUACUGGGCUUCCUACAGGAGCUUCAUCCUCGCAGUCUGGCUCAGAGACAUCCCCAAUCGCAUCAGGGUCUUCUUCAGAUACCGCAACCAAUGCUAACACCGGUUCGCCAGGCUCUGGAAGCACUACUUCUGGUGGUUUUGAAGUCUCCUCCACUGAAGCUCCCUCAGCUUCGUCCUCUGGAUCAGGUUCAGAGUCUAGCGCAGCUCCAUCAGGUGCUUCCUCAGAUACCUCGACCGGUGGAAACACUGUCGGUACUGAGACUGCAAGCAGUACCUCUGAUGGCUCUGACGGCUCUUCAACAGGAUCAGGAGCUCCCACUGGUGCCACCACCUCUGGCUCUGGUGCUGAGUCUUCUGGAGUCGAGACUUCUGAAGCUGGAUCGGGCACUUCUUCAGAUUCCCUUUCAGAGACCAGUGUCAUCAGUGGCGCUUCUAGCACUGCUGGACCUGGCAGUGAAAGUAGCACCUUAGCUGCCUCUGAGGGAUCCUCAACAGGAGUACCCACUGGGCCUGCAUCAUCUGGCUCUGGCAGUGAGACUUCUGGAGUUGCAUCGGGCACUUCUCCGGCGUCAGUUUCGGAGACAGAUGACAACACUGGCGCUACAAGCAGCACCUCUGAUGCAUCUGCAACGGGAGCUCCUACCGGCGAGACAUCAUCGAGCUCUGGCGCUGGAACAUCUUCAGCGGCAACUGGUGGUUCUUCUGCUCCGCUUACGGAGAAUGGCAACACUGAUACCGCGGGUAUUGCAAGCAGCACCUCAGGUGUCUUUGAAGGAUCCACGACUGGAGUUCCCACUGAUCAAGCAUCAUCUGCCUCCGCUACCGAGACAUCUGGAGCCAUUUCGGGUUCUUCGUCUGCUUCACUCGCAGAGACUGACAACACUGGUGCCCCUACCUCUACAAACACUAACGGCUCUGAAGAAUCUUCAACUGGUGUUCCCACUGGUCAAGCAUCAUCUGCCUCCGCUACCGAGACAUCUGGAGCCAAUUCGGGUACUUCUUCUGCUUCAUUCACAGAGACUGACACUGGUGCCCCUACCUCUGCAAACACUAACGGCUCUGAAGAAUCUUCAACUAGUGUUGCCCCUGGUGCUACAUCCUCUGACGCCGGCGCAGAGACCUCCUCAGCAGGAUCAGGUGCUUCUUCAACCGCCGCUGGAGAGGAGUCAAGCACCGGUACCUCAGCUACUACAGCUGGUACGUCCGAUGGCUCUGGAGGCUCUUCAACAGGAAUCGCUACUGGCGCUGCUUCAUCUGGUCCUGGCUUGGAGACCUCGGGUGCUUCCUCGACAAUUGUCGAGGAAUCAAGCACCGGUGCCCCUGCCCUUACCACCACUGCCUCUAGCGGUUUUGGAGGAUCUUCAACAGGAGCCUCUGAUGCUACAUCAUCUGACUCAGGUUCAGAGACCAUCCCAGCGGAAUCAGCUGCUUCCUCUUCGACUGAUGCUGGCGAGUCAGGCACUACCGGCGCCAUCGCUUCGACUACCAGUGCAUCUGAGGGAUCUGAAGGAUCUUCGACUGGAGUUCCCUCUGGAGCCUCUUCAUCAGAAAGCUCUGAGACUUCAUCCGCUGGACCUGAGGUCUCAUCUGGAAGCUCUGGUACCUCUGAGCCUACUAGUGCCACUUCAUCCUCUGGAGCAGGUGCAUCUUCUUCGGCUUCAGCUCCAGAGACCGACAGCACUGGAGUCCCUGUCACUACCAGUGGUAGCUCUAUCGACUCAGAAGCUUCUUCUACUGGGCUUGCAACUGAGGCUUCAUCUAGCUCUAGUGUAGAGACUGCUUCAUCUAGCUCUGGUGCAGAGACUGCAUCUACUGGAUCCGGUGCAGAGACCACUUCGGCUGGAUCAGGAGCUUCAUCUAGCGCUGGUAUAGAGACUGCUUCAACUGACUCUGGCUCAGAGACUGCAUCUACUGGGUCCGGUGCCUCUACCGGAAUUGCCACUGAGGCUUCCACCGGUUCAGGCUCAGAGACCACGUCAGCUGAAGCUUCCACUGAACCUUCUUCUUCUGAUUCUGGUUCGGAGACCACCUCGACUGAACCCGGUGCAGAGACCACCUCGACUGGAUCAGGAGCUUCGUCUGGUUCUGGUUCAGAGACCACAUCUACUGGAUCUAGUGCCUCUACCGGGCUUGCCACUGAGGCUUCCACCGGUUCGGGCUCAGAGACCACGUCAGCUGAAGCUUCCACUGAAGCUUCAUCGUCUGACUCUGGUUCGGAGACCACCUCGACUGGAGUCGAGGCUUCAAGUGGUGCUCCCACUGAACUCACCACGUCUCAGUCAGGCCUAGAGACAUCUUCAACUGGAUUCGGAGCCACAUCUGAUAGCACCACUGGACCUACCUUCAUGACUUUCACCUCAUCGGGAUUCAUUACACGAAUCUCUAGUUCAUUAUCUUCUUCUGAAGAGAUCACUGACAUUUCAUCAGGCCCUGAUACCUCUAGUUCUCCUGCAACCGGCGCUUCCUCAACCUCUGACUCAGGUGCUGCUACUGCCUCAUCCGGGGCUGGAACAGAGACUUCUAGUUCCGCUGGAGAGCCUUCAAACACUUCUUCAGGAUCUGAUGGCUCUUCCACUUCCGGCACUCCUUCCGAGAGCUCCGCCAACCCAGGAGAGUCUUCUUCUGCUGCUGGAGAGUCUUCUGGCAUCCCUGCGGAGACUUCUUCCGGUCCUGGUUCUGAGACCACCGGUGCUUCGUCUUCUGACUCGGGUGCCGCCACUACCUCAUCAGGACCUGAUGCUUCUUUCAGCUCUGGUGUCCCUUCUGAGAGUUCCAACACAUCUGCUCCCCCCGCUGAGUCCUCGUCUGAUGCUGGCGAGUCUUCGGGUACCUCAGGCGUUGCCUCAGAGACCUCUUCUGGCGCUGGCUCUGAGACUACUGGUGCUUCAUCUUCUGACUCGGGUGCCGCCACUACCUCAUCAGGGCCUGAUGCUUCUUCUAGCUCUGGUGUUGACACAUCUGCUCCUCCCGCUGAGUCAUCGUCUGAUGCUGGUGAGUCUUCCGGUACCUCAGGCGUUGCCUCAGAGACCUCUUCUGGCGCUGGUUCUGAGAGUACUUCAGCAUCUGCCACUUCUGGAGCCGGUGGGGAGUCCUCAGCAGUUUCUUCAUCUGGACCUGAGUCAACUUCCGAUGGAUCUUCUGCUACAACCGAUGCUGGCUCGGACACUUCUAGCACUGCAGGUACCGCUGGUGAAUCCUCUGGAGCUUCAUCUGCUGCGCCCGAGUCCUCUUCUGCCACGUCCUCGGAACCUACUGAGACAUCUGCCACUUCUACGGACUCUGGAGAGUCCUCUGCCACCACAUCGGGUGCUGCUUCUGAGACUUCCAGUGACUCUGCCGUGAACACUUCAUCCGAUAGUGGCGCCUCUUCUGGACCUGCUACCUCCGGUACCCCUGAGACUUCCUCAGGUGCCGCUGCUAGCUCAGAAGCUUCCAGUGAUGCUUCCGCUGCUCCCACAUCUGCAGCAUCCGAGCAGUCUUCUGCUACUUCAGAAGGCCCUGUCGAGACUUCCAGUGGUGAUAGCGCCAACAGCUCUUCAGAUGCUGGGGCCUCAUCAACCUCCGGCGCUGAAGCUACUUCCUCGGCUGCUGCUGAGUCUUCGGCCCCUGCAGAAACUUCCAGUGACGUUAGUGUAAACACUUCAUCUGAUGACGGUGCCUCUUCCGGCGCUGCUAGCUCUGGCGUUCCCGAGACGUCCGCGGGUGCCUCAACAAGCGACUCUCCCGCCAGCUCUACUGCUGCGCCAACCGAUGGAUCCUCUGCUACAUCGGGUGCCCCUGCACAAACGUCCAGUGAUUCUGGCGCUGGUAGCUCCUCAGAUUCCGGUGCCUCGUCUACCGCUGACGCUGAAACCUCGUCUGCACCGGCUGGCGAGACUACGUCAGGUGCCCCUGCUGAGACUUCCAGUGACGCUGGUGCUAGUAGCUCUUCAGAUGCUGGUGCCUCGUCUACCUCUGAUGUUUCGCCAACUUCGUCAGCCGACACUGAGUCCUCAUCAGCCCCCGCUGGAGAGUCUUCAUCUACAGCUGAUGUACCUGCGGAGACCUCAAGCGACGCUGGCUCAUCUGCUGCUGCAACCUCCUCCGAUGUACCUGAGUCAUCCUCAUCCGGUGCCGAGCCUACCAGCACUUCCGAUAGCUCUGGCGCCAGUGCCACGUCUUCUCCCGCCACGUCAGAUACCGCCGAAACUUCUUCUGAUGUCCCCGUCGAGACAUCCACCGAUACUGGUGCCAACAGCUCCUCAGACUCUGCGCCUGCCACAUCUUCUGACGCAGCUGAGACUUCUUCAACUGGUACUGAACCUACCAGUAGCUCCGAGGGUCUCACUAGUACUACUUCUUCGCCCAUCGUGGAGUCUUCUUCACCAGCCACUUCAGAUGUCGUCGAAACAUCUUCUGGCGCUCCCCCUGAGACCUCUUCUGAUGUUCCAGCCGAGACGUCUAGCGAUGCUCCCGCCAGCAGCUCCUCUGAUUCUGCUCCUGCAACCUCUUCAGAUGACACCGAACCUACCAGCAGCUCUGAUGCUGCCGCUAGCACCACCUCCUCCCCAGCUGAGGAGUCGUCAACGCCAGCUACCUCGGAAGCCCCCAUUACCUCCUCCGACGUACCUGCUGAGACCUCUUCUGACGCUCCUGUUGAGACUUCCAGUGAUGUUCCAGCCAGCUCCUCAGCGGCUGAGAGUUCAUCUGCCGCAGCCACGUCCUCCGAGCCCGCUGAAUCCUCCUCUGCUGCCACCGAGACCAGCGUCGAGCCUACCUCAUCCGCCGCCGAGACUUCUUCUGCUGCUUCCUCAACCGCUGCUGAGACAUCAGCUCCCGAGACUUCUUCUCCUGCUUCCUCAACCGCUGCUGAGACAUCAGCUCCCGAAUCUUCCUCUGCUGCCCCCGAGUCCUCUUCAGCCGCACCAGAGACAAGUGCCGAGCCCACUUCAUCCGCCGUCGAGACUUCUUCUGCUGCUUCCUCAUCCGCCGCAGAGACAUCUGCUGAGCCUGCUACGACCGAAGCCCCAACAUCCGCCAGCCCAACCACUCCUGAGCCCCAGACCUCCUCUGCAACCGAAUGUAUCCCUUCGCCAAACGUUUCAGGUUCUUGCGCCGUGGCUCUCCCCGCUGCCUGUGCACAGCUCGAGACUACCAACGGUCUAGCUCUUAUCCCUGUCCUCGCUGUCUGUACUACGGCCCUCGGGCCCUAUGCCAUUGGUAACGUUGCCUCCUGUCUCGCGACCACCCCGAUCGUUGGCUCUUCUGGCUUGAGUAUCUUCAACUGUGUCGUUACUGCCUUGGAAGAGCGUUGUAUCACAACCCUUCCCGAAGCUUGUACAGAUCUGGCAAAUACCAAUGGUCUUGAGCUUAUCGCCGAUGUUGCUAUUUGCGCUGUUGCUCUCGGUCCCUUUGCCGCUGGAAGUGCUGCUACGUGUCUCUCCACUGGUGAUAUCACUGGCAGUACAACAGGUACAAGCAUCGUCGAGUGCCUCGAGAUUGCUUUUGGUCUUGCGUCUGGCUCAAGUACCGUUACUGGCGUUCCAUUCUGCGAUGAGCCUGCGACUACGCCCACGCCUACGCCUACGCCUACGCCAACCCCUCAGGCAGUCUGUUUCACAAUGCCUGAAGAUUGCACAUUCCUUAGCACUUUGACUGGUUCCGUCGCUAUUGCUAUAUCUGCUCCUGCUUGUAGAACAGCACUCGGUAAUUACAACACAGGCACCGUGUCGAAUUGCUUUACCAAUGGCGUCGGUCUCUUCACAUCCGGAACGGUUGUCACCAAUUGUCUUAACAAUGCCCUUUCUGGCACGUGUAUCUCGGCGCUUCCAGCGGCUUGUACCAGCCUGGCAGGCCAGAAUACCGUUCAACUUGCCUUGAACCUUGGUGCCUGCAACAGUGCUCUUGGACCAUUCGGAGAAGGGGCGGCGGAGAAUUGCUUGAGCGUUGCUCAGGGUAGCGGUGACGCUGUUGUGAGCUGUCUCAACAAUGCACUUUUCUUCCCCACCUCAGCUAGCUUGGCUAAGUAAUGAUAACUCCUAGUAUGGUUAGGAGAGAGACAGCAAAGUUUUCGCCUGCGUGGAUCUUUUCUUUUUGUAACCUUUUCCUUGCGUAACUUAUCGGAUUUUGGGUAGUCUCAGUGUCAAUAGGAC